CUUCCUCCCGCUCCUCCUCCACCGCCUCUUCCUCGUCCUCUCCUCUCCCUCUCGUACAGGAGGAGAGCAGCAUGAGGAUCCUUUGAUGCACCCGAGCAGGGGAAUUCGUCUUCUCCUCGUCUCUGUAUUUUUGUUGUGUUGUUAGCGGUGGGAAGUGGUGGAGAGGCUGCAGCAGUACCACUCUCCAACCGAUCCCUUCCAUCACUUCUCAGUUAAUGGAAAUACACACAGCAACAAGAUUACAUUGAUUCCUUCCCGCUCUUGGUUUUUCCUCAUUCAAUUUGGCUGCUAAGGACUGAGAGAAUGUUCAGUGCGGCAGAGGAAACAAACUUUUUUUUCUACCUUUUGCAACAUACCAGCCACUGUUUCAGGAGCAAAGUGUUGUGCGUGGAUCAGGACUCCAGGUGAUGUAGACCAGAAAGCCACAUUUUGAUAUUUUUUAUUCAUUCUGAGGCAAGCAGAGAGGACGGUGAUUUUCAAACCUGCAGCCGAGGCUACAACACUACAAAAGAGGAUUUUGUCUGAAGUGUCUGUUACUGGUCAUCACAGCGCGAACCAUGGGCCAGAGCCAGUUGGAGCUCCAGGAAAACUGAAAGGGAGAGAGACUACCUGCAAAAAUCAGACUGCAGCCUUAACAGGCUACCUCUGCUGGAUUACAUAAUAAAAGCACAGAGGAGUUUUCUGAGUUCCCUCUGGAAUUUUUAAUGGAAUUCACAUUAAUUGUUUUUAAUCAUUUUUAUUACAAAAGCACAGAAAACAUUUGGAAGUUUUCAAUUUUGUUUCUCCUCAGAAUGAGUCAUCUAUGAUUCAGUAUUUUUGAAACUACAUUUUAAUGCUGGUUUCCCACUAUCCUUAGCAACUUGAGUCCUAGACUAAGCCAUGCUGCUUUCUCAGAAGAGGAACUGAUUGUCAUUUUUUGUGACAAAAUAAAGCGCUGCUUCUUGUCUUGGCAUGCUGUUGCAUCCCACGGUGUCAGGAUUGUGCGCCAUGUUGCAGACCAUCUAUGAGACUGAGUCCUGUUUUUCCUCCGCCAGCACAGACAGCCACCAGCCUCUGGAGCUCCUAAGUGACAACAGGGGCUCCAGCAUUGCCAUGCCCACCACCGUGGUGGAGGUGAAGAGCAGCCUACCCUCGGGCAUGCAGAGCCCAGUAGGAACAGCGAGCGAGCAGAGAGGAGGAGGAGGUGGAGAGGCUGACGGGGGUCCGGCAGAAGGCCCAGUUGGAGGAGGAAGUGGAGGCCCAGUGGAUCUGCGGACAGAGCCCAGGGUGGGGUCUCUCUCGGGGGGUGUGGCAGCGGUGGACACAAGCCUAAGAGAGCAGCAGCUCCAGCAGGAACUAGUACUACUGAAACAGCAGCAGGAGCUCCAGAAACAGCUGCUGUUUGCAGAGUUCCAGAAAAAACACGAAGUUCUCACAAGACAACAUGAAGUCCAGCUGCAGGAACACCUGAAGCAACAACAAGAGCUGUUGGCAGCAAAGCGGCAACAGGAGCUGGAGCAGAAGAGGAAACUAGAGCAACAAAGACACGAAGAGCAGGAGAAGCACCGACUGGAGCAACAACUGCUGCUGCUGAGGAACAAAGAGAAAGGCAAAGAAAGUGCCAUUGCCAGUACAGAGGUAAAACUGAAGCUGCAGGAGUUCCUUCUCAAUAAGAAAGAGCCGGGCAUUGGCGGACUGAACCAUUCCUUCUCCCCAAAGUGUUGGGGAGUCCAGCACACCUCCCUGGAGCAGGGCUCUCCUCCACAGAGUAACACCCCAGGAACUCCUCCCUCCUACAAACUGCCCCCACUUCUGGGGAACUACGAGAGCAAAGAUGACUUCCCACUACGCAAGACAGUGUCGGAGCCUAACCUGAAGGUGCGUUCACGAUUGAAGCAGAAGGUGGCAGAGAGGCGCAGUUCUCCGCUCCUACGCAGGAAGGAUGGAACUAUUAUUAGUACCUUUAAGAAGAGAGCCAUAGAGAUAUCAGUCUCCUCUCUCUGUAAUAGCGCUCCAGGUUCAGGUCCCAGCAGUCCCAACAGUUCCAAUUCAGCUAUUGCCAACGGCAACACAGGAUCGGUCCCCAACAUCCAGACUGAGCUGAGAUCUCUCCAUCAGACACUGGGUGCUGAUGGGACAUUGAGUCCUUUGAAUCUCUACACCUCGCCUUCCUUGCCAAAUAUCUCCUUGGGCCUCCCUGCCAACACACACAUCACGAAGCUGUCUAACCAGCAAGAGGCUGAGCGUCAAGCAAUCCAGUCUCUGCGUGGGGGCGGAGCUUUAACAGGGAAGUUUCUCUCCACAUCCUCCCUACCUGCAGGGGUGGGACAUGAUGUGGAGACACCACCCCCCAGCUCUCAUUCUGCUCAUUCCUCAUUAUUGCAACACGUACUACUGCUGGAGCAGGCCAGACAACAGACUGCUAUGCUAGCUGUCCCCAUGUACAGCCAGUCACCGCUGGUUACGGCAGAGAGGGGCGUGUCCAGUGGCAUGCGGACGGUCAACAAACUGCCUCGCCAUCGGCCCUUGGCUCGGACCCAGAGUGCACCUUUGCCCCAGUCUCCCCAAGCCCUGCAGCAGCUGGUGGUCCAACAGCAACACCAGCACUUCCUGGAGAAACACUAUAAGAUGCUGUCGAAGGGGACAGACCUUCCCAGGCCGCCACCCACCCACCCAGAGGAGACAGAGGAGGAGUUGACAGAGACAAGUGACAUGCAGGAGGAUGAUGCAGGGACAAGCCUUCACAGGCUUCAGAAGGAAGGUUCCGAUGACAGCACACCUUCCUCUGAGCGACUUGGUGUGCAUGUGAAGGGUGAGGAGGAGCAUGGGGCUGUGCAUGUGAAAGGGGAGAGUACCGAGAGCGAGCUGGAUGAAGAGGAAGAGGACGAGGACAUCAUCCAGCUGAGGGAGGGUGAUGAAGAAGAGAGGGGGGGCUACUCCCAGACCUUGCAGCAGCUGGGUGUGUUCCAGUCCCCGUUGCCCCACAGGCCCCUGGGAAGAGCGCAGUCCUCUCCAGCAGCAUCUGUCAAUCCCAUCAAACACCUCUUCACCACCGGGCUUGUAUAUGACAGUCUGAUGUUGAAGCAUCAGUGUGUGUGUGGCAAUGCUCACAUCCACCCGGAGCAUGCCGGGAGAGUGCAAAGCAUCUGGUCCAGACUGCAGGAGACGGGCCUGCUGGGCCGCUGUGAGAGGAUCCGUGGGCGUAAAGCUUCUCUGGAUGAGAUCCAGUCUGUCCAUUCAGAGUUUCACACUCUGCUAUAUGGAACCAGUCCGCUGAAUCGGCACAAACUGGACCACAAGAAACUACUGGGUCCAAUCAGCCAGAAGAUGUAUGCUGUCCUUCCCUGCGGGGGAAUAGGGGUGGACAGUGACACCGUGUGGAAUGAGAUGCACUCGUCAGCGGCGGUCCGCAUGGCGGUCGGCUCAGUCAUCGAGCUGGCCUUCAGAGUGGCGGCUGGGGAGCUGAAGAACGGCUUUGCAGUGGUGCGCCCACCUGGUCACCAUGCUGAGGAAUCCACUGCCAUGGGGUUUUGUUUCUUUAAUUCAGUAGCCAUCACUGCUAAGCUGCUGCAACAGAAACUGGGAGUAGGCAGGAUCCUCAUUGUGGACUGGGACAUUCACCAUGGCAACGGCACCCAGCAGGCCUUCUACAGUGACCCCAACGUCCUCUACAUCUCCCUGCAUCGCUACGACGAUGGAAACUUCUUUCCUGGCAGUGGAGCUCCUGAGGAGGUGGGGUCAGCUGCAGGUGUUGGUUUCAAUGUGAACAUAGCGUGGACUGGAGGAGUAGAGCCACCUAUGGGUGACGUGGAGUACCUGACUGCCUUUAGGAGUGUGGUGAUGCCCAUCGCCCAGCAGUUCAGUCCAGAUGUGGUCCUGGUGUCGGCGGGCUUCGAUGCAGUGGAGGGGCACCAGUCGCCUCUGGGAGGAUACAAUGUUUCAGCCAAGUGUUUUGGGCAGCUAACGCAGCUGCUGAUGGGUCUGGCGGGUGGGCGUGUUGUUAUGGCACUGGAGGGCGGUCAUGACCUGACUGCCAUCUGUGAUGCAUCAGAGGCCUGCGUGUCUGCACUUCUGGGAGACCCGUGUGACUCGGUGUUUCAGUGGCCUCAGGAGAAACCAUGUCCAAAAGCCUGGGCCUCACUAGAAAGAGUAAUAGAGAUCCAGCAUAAACACUGGCCCUGUCUCCAGAGUUUAUCCCAGACGAGUGGCCACUCGCUAUUGGAUGGCCCUCUGGCGGCCAAGGGCCAAUCGGAGGAUGAAGCAGAAACAGUCAGUGCAAUGGCCUCCUUAAGUGUUGAUGUUGAGCAGCCAGCCACCAUUCCUGACAACACGGAAACCAGCAGGUCCACUGAGGAGCCAAUGGAGGAAGAGCCUGUAUUGUAGGAGGAGCUUAAAGCAGGAUCCACACAAAAACUCCACAUUCAUCUCCUUGUGGCACCCCCUCUUCUUCUUCCUUUUCCUCCUCCUCUGCAGAGUGUGUGUCAGUACACACACAAGCAGAGUGGAAUAGCGCUGUUGUCGGUCCGAUUGGCUGAGGAAAACGGUAUGGAGGCAGAAGAAGGCGGGGCCUGUGAAAAGCACGGAGACAUCUCUUUCCUACUGGUUUAUCGACCUAAGGAGGAGCAGACGACUUGUUAGCCUCUCCAUGGAAACCAGAGGAGGAGAGAGUCAACGAGGAGACACAUCUUGUGAUCUGUAUACUCUACCACCUGUACACAGCACCACUGAAUUUUUCCCUUCCUUCGCCGAAUCACGCUUUUGUCUUUCUAUUUAGUCCUUUAGUCCUGUGUCCGCAGGGGGACCAUGACUGUGGAAAACCUGAAUUUGUCAGACAGCAAGCAGACGACUUGUCUUCUUGUUUGUCAGAGAGGACAGGCUGAGCGAACAUGGAGUUGGCUGUCAGAGGAGGAAUAACUUGUUUUAAAAUGAGCAGAGAAGGAGGAGGAACUAGGUGCCUUUUAAAAAAAAAAAAAGAAAAAAAAAAGAAGAAGAAAAAAAGAAAAAAAAAAGUCCAAUCAGAAACCACAAAACACCACCGCCGCAGCACCUCAGCAAACCAACCAGCCAAUCAGGACUGAAGAAACACAUUGAUGCACACACAUAUACUGCUGUUGUUUCAGUUCAUUUUUUGAGUCUUUGUUUCUUCAUCUGGAUGCCUUAAUUUGUUCUUAUGUCACUAUUUAGCAACCUUGAGAGAGACAGUGUGAGAGAGAGAGAGAGAGACAUGAUAGAAAGGGUUAGGGUUAGGGAUACAAAUAUAUAUUCAGAAAUGCGUUUAACCUGAUAAGAAUUGUAUUUGCUUUCAAAUCGUACAAUAUUCAUACCAGGUGUUCCCAACAGACUGAAGAUAAGCCUCUAAAGCCAUCAUUACACACUAGAUGUCUCCGAUAAAAAUAGUUGAAUAUUAAUAUUACAUUAAUAGUAAUAUUCAACCUGACUUUUAUGGGAUCUGGUGAGUGUCUCAGGAUCAGGCCUGUUAAGCGUCACGUCAGACCACCCGCUCCUUUCUCUCUCUGUCUCUCAUUCUGGUUGAGAGUCAUCUGACCUGAGCCCCGUCCCUUCUUCUUUAAAGGGGAUUGUUGGAUUGUGGCAUGUUUUUGAAACACCACAACGUCCACCAUGUCCCUCUUAUUUCUUUUUUAUUAUUAUUAUAAUUAUUAUUAUUAUUGUAAUAUUUCCUGUUUUGUGUAAAUACUGUCUCCUGUCUUGUUGCCCACGGUUACGUCACAGCAGACUCAGUGUGGUCUCUUUUCUAUAUCUGUACAUACAUAUAUGUAUAAAAACACAAAAUACUCUCUCUUUUGUAUAAAAAAGAAAAAAUAUUAUAUAUAAAUAUAUAUAAAUAUAUAUAUGUAAACAGUGUUUUAUCCAAUCAGAUUGGAUUUAUGAAUAUAUAAUAUUUGGAAAUUUGAUGUUUUAAAGGUUUGGCUGUUUGACAGGAAGUAAGCACAAGGUCUGAUGUCAUCAGACUGACACUUGUUUGUUUGUUUGUUUGUUUAUUUGUUUGUUUGUUUACAGAGGGUGGCUGGAUAGUUGUUGUCAUAGUAGUAGUUGUUGUUGUUGUUGUUGUUGAAGGGGAACAGCAAUCUCCAUUUCCUCUGGCAGGACCAAGCAGGGCGCUGCUCUCCACAUUCAAACAGCAGCAACUACAGAAAAGAAUAUGUAAGGUCAAAGGUCAUGACUGGGUGAAUAGCUUGGUCCAGUAAUGACACAUUUUGUUGUCCAACAAAGAGUUGUGCUGCGUUUCAGUCAGUGUCAGUGGUCAGAAUUUCCUAAUUUACAACUUCAGAUCUACAAGCGUUCCAAAAAACCCUCAGCCUGUUUGGAUAUUUAAACAAAAUAGCAGGAGGAAAUGACCUACAAGGUAACAGACGCCAUUACAGAUAUUACUUUACAGCACUUUUAUACUUGGAACUGUAUUCCAUGGGUGCUUCCAUUGUUGUGUGACAUCGGCUAACUGCUCUUGUGUUAAGCCAGGAUAGAUAAAUUCUCCCUGUGUCUACAAUUUUCAACUUUAAGUGGGGUUCUAUUGUAAUUUAUCUGGAAUGCAGCAUUGGCUCGCCCCCUCCAUUGCUUAUAUCAUUCAUUAGCCAUGACUGUGAUAAUGCGUAUCAAACUUGAUUCACCAGAUCCUGUAAUGGGUACAUUUAAGUCAUUGACAGUGUUUGGAGAUACAAACUCAACAGAUGGUCACUAAUCUUCUUAAUAAUGUGUAAGAUGAAGAACAAUGUCAGGCAGUUGUAAAGUAACAAAAUAUAUGACUUACCCUGAUCAUGAAAGGUUGCUUACAUGAAACCCAAUACCAACCAUAGAAGUCAAAGGUAACACAGGAAGUCACAGUGUUUUCAGAAGGCUAUCAGUGGAGCACAAAAUCUGAUCCAUGGAGGUCUAAGAGAGGGCAAGAGAUGUCAGAGAGCUGAAAGAUUCAAGAGGUUCAGUUCAACUUCCAAAACUAUUUCAAUAGUAGCUGCCUUGAACCGUCAUUGUGUUUGGCAUGGGAACAAAGUACCUUAGAAUCUUGGCAAAUUCAUCUCAUUUGAGUAGUUAAAUUUGGAGUACAAUGUUGGCAGUCUACAUUUUAAGAAACCACUGAUAGGCUCACAUUUGUACACAGUUAGGCUGCAUACUGUAGUGACGUUUCAACAGAACGUGCCGUUAUGUUUACAUUUAUACUAAAUGUCUGAAGUUGGAGAGAAUGGUGGCAGAGUUACAAGCCAGUGACCACUGUUCAGGAUGGUGUUAGAGACUUUCUACAACUGUAAGUGUGAAACCAGGGUUUUAAAAGUGAUCUCCGAAAUUCUCCAGCUGUGCUUGGGGUGACCAAAACGGGUAUUUUGAAAACAAAAAAAAACAAAAAAACUUUUCCUAACCCUAACCAGGUGCUUUUAGUGCCUAAAUCUAACCAGAAUAGAUGUAACCAGAGUAGAAGAAUGGUGUUGUUGUUGACAGAACUGAAAACUGAACCUAAGGAAACAAAAAGUUGGAACAUUGCAACAAAAAAUUGAAAGGUUUUAACAUAUCAGUUGUUUUGCAGAAACAUACAUUGUAAACAUUAAGUCCGGUUAUUGGGCUGAGACAAACAUUUUUUGCAUGCAACGUGUUUUGUUUGAAAAAGCCAAUGUACAGAAGUAACUGAACUUGAUGUUUAAAGAGGAUACCUUUCGUGAUCAGGGUACACUGGGUAUUUUUGUUAACCUCUUUGUUUGCACUUGACACAUUCCCACAUUGAAGUUGCUAAGAAGAUUACUUACCAUCCAGUGAGUUCAUAUUUUCAACAUUGUAGCCCUAACAAAUUUAAUUAUACUCUCAGCAACCACCAUACAUACAUAGUAUGCGCUGCCUGGAUCAAGGCUUAUGGGCCACUUGGUGACUGAAAGGGCGAUUCAGGACUAGGUUUUCUGAGAUCUCACAAGUAAAGCAGUGCUCUCACAAAGUCAUCCCCUAACAAUUGGCUACCUUUUGAGAACAUUUGAGGUUAAACUGCUCUUCUGCCAUUUUGAAAAGUCAACUUCUUAAGCUUAAUACUUGUGAUUCACCAACCGAGUAAAAAGAAGAGUGGCUUUAAAACUGCAACUGCAGUUAAAUGUUGAUGACUAUUAAAUACUUGUUCUAAGUAGAACUCGUUAAACCUUUUAAAAUGGGCUUUCCGCUAAACCAAAACUCCAUACACACCCAUUUCACUGUUGGCGAACAUGGCACAAACAGGUAACUACACUAAGGUCUGGCCACCUAAAACCUCCAGACUUUUCUAAAACUGACUGAUCAUGUCAGAGGGCAGAGAUGUUAGCCAUACUAUUUGCCACAUCUCUGCUCGUUUACGACCCAUCGGACGCAAAGCAUCAGAACUGGACCAUUCUAUUAUCCACAUCUAUAGAAACUCAGACACUUUCAAGUCUUUCAGUAAGCUGACUGCUGGACACACAUCUUCAACCUCACUCAGAUCCAUUUCUCUGGACCCUGGUGUAGCGAGCGUUGUAGCUCACACUGCUGCCUCUGGGGUCUCAUCUGUUUAAAGCAAUAUAACACUAAUGGGAAGACCGCAGUGACCGGAACAGAGAGGAAGAGAACCGCAAUGUCCAGCUUUAGCAUUGCCAUGGUAUCACAGCAGAUAGUGUCAUAGCUUACAUCAUUUGCGUAGCUUCCUGUAGUGCUCUUUGUGUGUAUUAUCUGUCAGGUGGAAUGGACAGAGUAUUGAUUGAUCAACAGAUUCAUUUAUUGAGCUGUGUUUCCUGGCAGUUCAGUGUAGUCUCUCUGUACCAAUGUAAACACUAAGGCUAUGUUGUCCAAAUAAACCAGUAGUCAAUAACAGCAGCACCUCUGGUUAGUGAGGUAGAGUGGUGGAGCUGGACAAACUGGUAACUCAACAUGUCCGAAACAGAUAAGGGAUUAGCUGUCCAACGUGGCAGCUGUUGAAGUCUUGAGUUCGACUGAAGUUCUUGGAGGCACAAAGGAACAAAACAUUGCUCUGUGGUGGAACAAGCAAGCGGCAACAACCGCAUGUAAGAAGACAGUCAAUUAAAGAAUACUUACCCUGCUUUAAAAUGCCUUAAUUAUAUUAUCUUUUUUUUUUUUUUUUUUUUUAAUUAACACCAACAAGUCAUGAAUUCCGAUUGUCUGUUGAAGAAUCAGGUGUUUCAGCCUUAUCUGUUUUCUGUAGUUUUGAACAUCAUUCCCAUAGGUAACUAGAACACUAAGUAGAGUGAUACCUCCACCAAGACCCAGCAGUUCCCUUUACGGCUCACUCAUAGACACCAGCCACCAAAAUACACGGAGAUCUAUGUAUUAGAGAUUAAUGAAAUGAUUGAAAAGUGCCCCGUCACACGAUGUUAAAGGAAAUGAGAAAAAGUUCCUGGAUCUGGCCCUUGAUCCAAAUCCUCAUGAAAAUGUAAUGGGUUCUAUUCUGGGCCAAGAUCCAAGCUUUGUGGAAAUCCUGAUUUGUCAGGAGUUUUUGAUUAAUCCUGCCGACAAAGCAACCAACCUACAAACCUUGGCGAAGGUGACGAGAACACUAUUCACCAAUUUAAAUGGCGAAGACUGGAAGUAGUUGUUUUUUUAUACAGUUGGGCAGUCAGACACUAACAAACCACCAGUGUACUUGCCAUAGCUUUGAGAGAAGCCUCUUCCUGUACAAAGACAAGUGAUCAUGCACGCUCGCCUCAAAUUAUAUUGUCAGAUUAUGUGGUAUAGAUUAGCUGUUCCCAGUCCUUUCUUAGGGCUUGAGACCAUAUGAAGUCCCUACAGGUCUAAAACAAUCAGGUAUUCACAAUUAUAAGUAAAGAGUAGAGAUAAAUUGGAAACACGUACAAAAAAACAUGUUUGGCAGAUGUUCUUUUUUUUCCCCUUGUAUGAGAUUCAUGGUGAACCAUUGGGCAAGGCUAGAUUACCAACUUGGCAAAGUGGCUAAAACCCAUCUUGUAGGUGACAAUUUCUGUAACUUCCUAAAGCUGACAGUCACGUCUUAACACUGGGAUUGGUCGGGUGUGCAGAACUGAGAAUGUAAGACAGGAUCAGAAUUUUUAGAUCAACCUUUUUAGUACAAACAACUAGAAUGUCCUUGAGGAAAGACAGCUCAUCUUGGUGUCUUUCCAUCCCAGGUUUUUAACGCACGUUUGACAUAUGGACGUAACAAAACCUCUGUGGACAUGCCAAUAUGCUCGGCUGAGGUGGGAAAAGUUGGUGUAUCGUUUAAAAACAAAAUGCAGUGUUGCGACUAAAGCUGACUAAAAGAAGAACAAAAAAUAACGAUGAACACAAAGCAUGUGACCCGAACAUCCACAGGACUAAAAUGACAGCAACAUAGCAGCAUUUCUGGAAAUGUAUGCUAAAUUGUAGGAAUGUAGGAAAAUUGACUAUAGACUACAUGCUUGCCCUGCUUUUUCAGCCUUUGUCAGAUCAGCUGUACCCACUUUCUCUUUUUGAAUCCCAACGUUUAAACCAAUUCUUUUUGAACAUACCCCGGCCUUUCGUUGUAGCGAUAUUGCUCUGUCCAGAGGUUUAAUAAUGAAUUGUAGUUAAAAGAAAUAAAAGCCAAAAGAAGCAUAAUUGUAACAAACAGAAUUAUCUUUUCAGUCAGGUCGGUUGCUCUUUGGUCUCACGCUGCUGAAAGAGGCCACACACAAGCACAAAUUGCAGAAUAAACUCUCAAGAGGUUGUUUUCAGCUCAGCUCUGGUUAGGGUUAGGUCAGAGUUCAAGUCCAUAUUCUUGUUGGGUUCUGGUCAUGAGUCCUAAUGAAAAUACGGGGCACCAGCAGAGUUUCUUAAAACUGUAAUGGUCAGUGGGCGAAUUGAGGGGAGAUUUGUUGGUACAUCCUGAUACGACACAGCCUGACAAUCCCCCCUUAGAAGAGAGUCGAGAGACGGAGGGGUUGUUGAAUUCAAUGCUUGACUGAUUGAUCCGUUACCUGACCGAGGUUUGUGAGAGAUUUUAUUUAUAGCCCCGACCACGACUGUGAAACUCAGAAGAACCAAAAGAGUUAGUUUGUUAGUCGCGGGUAAAUAAAACACACCGGGUCCAUACCCCCCCCCUUCCGUUAAAUAUCCUGCUAGCAAUACGAUACUUCCAGUGCUGGUGGUUUGUGUCGUCACAGUGAUGAAACCUCUCCAGUCCAGAGGCUCCGGAGCUUUACUCUUGUUACCACCCACACACACACACACACUAAGGUGAAACGCACACUUUCACACUCAGACACACACAGACUAUUUUGCUACAUGAGUUAAUACUGUAUAUUUCUUGAUAUGUUUGAUACUGUGGUGUACAUGUAGUGUCCUGCUAUGAUGCGGUGUUGGGGUGGGCGGGAUAUCUUUGGACUUUUGGGUGGGACAGGGGAGGUUCAGUAUCGCUGUCGUCUCCUCUCUCUCUCUUUUACCUCUUUGUGUUUUUGUGGGGGGGAGACGCUCCCUCUGUUACUCUGUCUCGUCUGGCUCGUGACUGAAACGUUGGAGUAAAAAAAAAAAAAAAAUGCAGAUUUGUUGGAACUGAUCACAAGCACAUUCCUGACUCUUCUUUGUCCGUGCUGUCUUUUGAAUCCAGAUUCUUUCUUGUUGCGACAAUUCGACAUGUGUCUAGUUCUUGCUGACUCACAUGUAUAUAUAAAGUGCAUAUAUGUGUACACAUGUGCAAUACACGCUAUUGAGCAAUCUAUUACUGUGACUAUUAUUGAUGAUGAUACUUGUCCCUUCUUGGAGGUUUCAGCCCGUUUUUUUUUCUUCUCGUCCUGAUUUCCUGUUGAUGACUUGUGUUGCGGGAGCUUAAAAAGGGAAGACGGCGACUCUUGUGAUUGUUCACAAUCAGUUUCAUUUCAGGGGUUUGUAGACAUUUUAAUGAAGCCCUUUUUUUAUUACUCUCACUGUAAUGUUGUGACGUUGAUCCUGAUUAUCUGUUUCUUUGUUGUUUUUUUUUAAGUGGGCCUGUUGUUAAACUUGUCUGGAAACUCAAUAAAGCAAUUCACCGAC